GCAGGUCCAGAAACACAAUAAGAAAUAACAGAGAAAAUGACUUGUAAAAUUCCCAAACCCAUUUUUGUUGCUCUCUAUAUUAUCUCUCUUCCUCUCUCAGAUCUACAAAGAAACAUCCACAGCUGCUCCUGAACUGUAAUCCCAAAGAAUUUUCAAGGAGAACAUUUUUAUGCUGAGCACUUCUCCUUCUGAAGGCUUUGCUACUUCCGAAGUGGCUGUGUAUUUUGAUAGAUCCUUGAGGCAACUUAAUAAAGCAAACACUUGCGUACAAGUACUGCAUAAUAGCAGAAGGGCAUGGUCUUUCAGUGCAAUGGCGAUGGAGCUCGAUACUGUAAGUUUCCAUUCCAAUGAGAAGCAACAACUGAUGUGCUCGUCAUCUGCCGAUAAUGGAAGUAAGCUCAAGGAAAAGGACGUGAGCAACUCUCCAUCUGUCAAUAAAGAUACAAGCACCCCUGUUUUUGUCAAUCAUGCUGCAAUUGCUUGGCAUGAGAGCAGAAGAAAAUGGGUUGGGGAUCAAUCUCAACACCCUCAAAGAAUGGAAAAGGAUCAAAUAAUAAGCUGGUCAACAACAUAUGAAGAGUUGCUUUUGACGAAUGAUCCGUUCUCUGAGCCAAUCUCUUUAACUGAGAUGGUAGAUUUUUUAGUAGAUAUUUGGCAAGAUGAAGGCCUCUAUGAUUAGAUAAGCAAUGAUGAAUGAUGAUAUAUCAAGUAGUGAGAUGGGCUAAUUGGUGCAGGUGGAUGACAUUUACAAAUUUUCUUCCUGAACUGCAUGCAAUUCAGUAAUUAUUACUAACUUCAGUUUACUUGAACGUAGAUUGUUAAGAAAACCUUCAAUGUACGUCUGAAGAAUCUAUAUAUUAGUUACAGCAUCAUUGUCGAGGCAAAA